GUGACGUUUUUCUUAUCGCGUCGCUCUCGUUCUUCAUGAUUACCUAAAUAACCUCAAAUGUUUAUAAAAUCAAUUUUUCUUGUAACCUUUUUAAAAAUUGAUUACAAACACUAUAUUAUAUAACGUUUUAACUGUCGCAUAAUUCUUUAUAAGAUGUUGACGUGAAGAAUCGUUAAAAAGGGCAACAUGUCUUAUAUAAAGGUGCUCCAUUGCACCUUCUGCCUUAACCAUGGAGUGGCCGGAAUAUCUACUAAGUCUGUGCUCAUGAAAAUAGGGAAUGGUACCUUAUCACAACAGUUGGUUAGAAUAUCAACGUCAAACAGUUGGCAGAGCAAACUGCCGCUCACUACACAGAGUCAGACGGCAACUCCGGCAAAGAAGGCUAAGAAUGAGGACACCAGAGUGUGGAAGGAGACCCCGGCUCAUGACAGGACCAAUAAUUUAGGCCAAUACUGCAUGAUGCUGUCCAAGUUUAGAUUAACAUCUCUAGUAGUAAUGACAUCAAUGGCGGGCUACGCGCUGGCGCCGGCGCCGUUCUGCCCGACCACGUUCGCGCUGUGCGCCGCGGGCACCGGGCUGGUCUCCGCCGCCGCUAACUCUAUCAACCAGUUCCAUGAGGUUCCGUUCGACGCGCAGAUGUCCCGGACCAAGAAUAGAGUGCUAGUCAAGGGGCUGUUAGAGCCAAUCCACGCAGUGGGUUUCGCGGCUAUCACAAGUACGACUGGUCUCAGCUUACUCUACUUCGGCGUCAACCCUUUGACAGCUGCGCUGGGCGCCGGCAACCUCAUACUCUACACGUCUGUCUACACACCGCUGAAGCGGAUGUCCAUACUUAACACUUGGCUGGGAUCUGUGGUGGGCGCCAUCCCCCCGCUGAUGGGCUGGGCGGGCUGUGCGGGGUCACUGGACGCGGGCGCGCUGGUGCUGGGCGCGGUGCUGUACUCGUGGCAGUUCCCGCACUUCAACGCGCUGUCCUGGAACCUGCGCCCGGACUACUCCCGGGCUGGCUAUAGGAUGAUGGCUGUCACUGAUCCUGCAUUAUGCAGAAGAGUGGCCCUCCGACACACCGGCGUGAUCACCGCAACGUGCCUCGCGUCCUCUUACCUAGGCGUCACCAAUACGUGGUUCGCGUUGGAGUCACUGCCCCUCAACGUCUACUUUAUGUACUUAGCCUAUGAAUUCUACAAGAAAUCCGACAGCGGCAGUUCCAGAAAGCUGUUCAGGUUCUCUCUAAUACACCUACCAGCACUGAUGUUACUAAUGUUAGUCAAUAAGAAGUAUUGGGGCGCUGGCGAAGGACAGGACCAGAAGGACACCGUAAAGAAUAUAGAUGUGAAUAAAUUGCCGGGGAUCACGGUUAUACCACGGGGGCCGGUCGUAGCCGCUCAGGAGACGGACUUAGACAAAUAAGAACACGGAUUUUUUAGUGAGGUUAUGAAUACAUUUGUAAAAGUUAUAAUUGACGUGGACCUUUUGAACCAGUCUUAAAUGGAAUGGCAAUGU